AUGAAGGCCUUCAACUACGAGCCGGAUCUUGUCUUGGAAAGGCUUCCAGGGCUCUUCUCAUGCAACGUGCGUGAUUCGGCUGCGUCGUUCUUUUCCGACUACGCCGUCCACUCUUUUCCCGCUUUCUGGUUUCUUCUGUCGCUCCUUUGCCUCUACACGUGGCUGUCUCUCGUCUCGUUCCUGGCCAAGUGGAUGGAUAGUAGCGACAACGCCAUGGCUGUUAAACGCUCGUUUUUCUCCAGGGACAAGGUGGCUAAGUCUACCAAGGCCCCCAGAAAGUCCUUCGAUGGACAUGCGAAGAUGAAGAUGCAGGAGUCUCUGACAAGCUCAACGGAAGAUCCUCUUCUAAGUCCCCUAGUCACUUUGAUUGUGAGCCGGGAUCAGCGUCUUUUCGUAGCUCAUGAAAGCAUUCUGUCCCGGUCUCCUUUCUUCGACUUCGUGCUAAGGGAUCAGUUUCCCAUCGGAAGCGUGAACAAGGCUUUGAUCUUGUCAGACGAAGAACCAGAGGUCUUGUCCUGUGUUCUCGAGUUUCUAUACAAAGGCGACUAUACUCCGCGCUUGCAACGAAACAAAAGCCGGAAGACAUGGGAACUCGAGAGCUUCUUGGACGACCACCACCCCGGUGGCAGCGGCCUGAGUCAAUCGACGAUCUUCCACUCUGGAGUGGGUGAUCUCGUUCUCCGGGAUACUGCCAUGUACUGCGCGGCUGAGAAAUAUGGUCUGGAGGAGCUCAAGGACCUUGCUCUCCGCAAGCAGGGUCUGCAGACUGGGAUCCCCGUUGAGAUCAUUAUCCGGUCUGCGCGGUACGCGUACGACAAUACUCCGGACUCAGAGUACCGACUGCGUGCUCAUUACCUGGCCAUGAUGAUUCGUACCCGCGACAUCUUCAAGCGCAGUGGAACCAUGCAACUCGAGAUGGAAAUGGGACACAAGUUUUUUUUUGAUCUGUUUGUUGCCAUGUGCAACCAUAUGGAUGAUCUUGGAGAACUGAGGUAA